UACAGCCUCGUUCUUGUAUACAAUUCUCUUCUUGUAUUUCUCGUAAUCUCUGAUCGUCUCUCGUUCCUCCGUUGUUCAUGAGUGUAGUCGCAGGUGUAGUGUGUGUGUGGGACGUACAUAUUGAAUGCAUCAUUCGGUUCCUCGGCUGUCGGUUCAGUUAAGUAAGUUUAGUAAGUUUAGUUUCAGUACACCUACCGACCUACCGUCUGAGUCUAAUAUUGUGAGAGUGAGAAGAGUGAAAAAGAUUCGCGUGUCAGGUCGGUGGCGUCGGUACAACUGACUAAAUCAUCACCCGAUCGGACUUUAGAUAUUCAGAUAGUCCGUGUGUGAGACACGACUGUGUGCAAUAUAGUGCUCAUACAUACAGUACAAGGUACAAGUGGUGUCCGAAACUGUCGUCGACGUCAUCUUCUGGAAAGAAGACGCCUCAGUCGUAGAGACACAGAGAGCUCGGCUCGCCCGCCUUGUUACACAGGCACUACUACAGCCCCCUAACCUCCUAUUAUUCUCGAUAAAAUAUUAUACUUACGUAGCCGAGACAGAGAAAGAGCGUCAGCGAGACGGGAGACACGGCAACAAGAAGAAAGAAUAAAGGCAACGUGCAGCCGCUGGACUAACCGUCAGGAUGGCAAACAAGUCGGAGCAGGUGCUGAUCAUCGACCCGCAGAACGAGCUGUGCUUUCGCGGCCCAUUUACAGGAGCUCCAGUUGCUGCGUACAUGAAAUUAACAAAUCCAACAAGCAAUCAAAAGGUUUAUUUUAAAAUAAAAACCACUGCUCCAAAAAGGUAUUGUGUCAGACCAAACUCUGGAAUAAUAAAACCUAAAGAAGUAUGUGAAAUAGCAGUUUGCUUACAACCUUAUGAAUUUGAUCCAAAUGAAAAGAGUAAGCACAAGUUCAUGGUUCAGAGCAUUGUAGCUCCAAAUGAUGAUCCAGAUGAGGAUCCGUGUAGAAUUUGGAGAGACAUCAACCCUGAUCAAUUAAUGGACACAAAACUCAAAUGUGUUUUUGUGAAUCCAACUGAUAGCACUACUUCAACUAAACCUAAGCCAACCACAACGAGUAAACCAGAGUCGAACUCCACUGAUGCUAAGAGCAAGCCUACUAGUGAAGCAGCCAAAUUGUCACCAAAGCCGAUUGGUGAAACCGAAGAAAAAUUACUAAAAGCAGCGCAUGAAGUGAAUCAACUUAGGGUAGAAGAAAGUACUCUCAGGCAGGAAAAUCUUCAAUUGAAGGAGGAAGUAAUGAAAUGGAAAAACGCGGCACUGGGCAAAGACAUGAGUUUGGCUUCAGUGUCAGGACUGACCCAGUUGCAAAAUUCUAGCAACCCGCUGCCGAUGUCGACCACCAGUAUAAUAAUUGCCGUUGCCAUGGUCGUAAUGGGAUACCUUCUGGGGAAAUUAAUCUGAAAAGUCGUCACCUUAAGAUAACCUACCUCCUGGCACAUUGUCAUCCUCAUCCCCUUCCCCUACUUUUUUCUUAGCCAACCCCUUCCUGCCACUCGAUUAACCAUCGACUCUACUAUUACUUUUACGAACUGCGAGAAAAGAAAAAAAAAAAAAAAAAAAAAAAAAAAAAAAACGAUUAAAACGAGUCAACCAGAGUCGCUCAGUUAUUCAUAAUUAUUAAAACUUCUAUUGUAGUGAGGUCCACACUAAAGUUAUUAGAGUCAUCUACUAGGCCAGUGUGCUUAAUGCAGUAAAGGCAAGUGGAAGCAAAAUCCUUUUCUAAGAACCUUCAAGCAUUAGCUUCUUAACGACUCUUCCGACUUGGUUCUGUUUUUAGUUAUUACAAACUCCGUUUCACCGCUCACCCUAGUGGUUUACAAUUAGCUCGCUAUACAUAACUGUAAAUAUUAUUUUCUUUCUUAAAGAUUCAAAAGGGGUGGUCAAGGGAACGGGGCAACAAAUUCAAGGUCGCAUUCCUUUUUAUAUUUUUUGCUUUAAACUGUUUUUGUGCUUAUUUCCUAUACUGGUCUUUCGUGAACUUUCUUUUUCUUACAAAAGGAUUUUCGUAUCGUGCCAUGCGUCAGUGUCUUUAAUAAAAAAAAAAAAAGAUUUUAAAACACACUUAAAAACCAUGAAAAAAGAAAUCAUGUCACCAUAAUAUUAGCUAAGCUUAUUAUUGAAAUGACGUUAUUUCUAGACAUUAUGUUAUGUCAUUUGAAGGAAAAAAAUGAAGAAAAAAAACUGUUAACUCGUCUUGACAUUAUAUGUAAAAUAAAUCAAAGACUACUUUAUCAUCAAUGAAGGAAAAUUACAAAUAUCACGUUUCGACGAGAGUUUAGAGUUAGAUGUAUUACUUUUAAAACACUCGCAGAGACGAAAAUGCGGGUCUUUGUUGUUGCGCAGCGAUAAUUCCCACUUUAAGACUCUUGAAAAAUAAUUCUGAGCCGCAAACUCCCGUCCAUCGAGAUCAUUGACUCUUUUAGCUCAGAAUUAACUUUCAGUACGCUUCGUCGCGAAGUUUAAGAUUUAUUGCAUUAAAAUUAAAUUAUGUCAGAUUUUGCUUUACUUUUAACUAUUAAAAUUUUUAAUUUAACAUUACUGUUUUGUCAUUGAAGUUUACCUACAGACAAGACACUGUAUUCUUCGAAAC